AUGGACUCGCGCGGCCAGCCACAGCCAAUGGCUACUCAAAAUAAUUGCGAGGAAGGCGACAAUAUCUGUGCUAAUGACAACAUGUGCAAAGAGGUCAAAGCGAGCCUUGCACACUCCACUGUGGCGUUGGUUGAGGAGGAGCCAGAGGAAAUAGACCCGUGGGACCUGCCGGAGCUGAAGGACACAGGGGUCCCAUGGUCAGCUUUGGAUACCAAAGGGAAGGUGUGGAGAGUGUUGGUGUCGGUGGGGAAGUUCAUCCUGCUGCUGGGUUUCCUCUACAUCUUCAUCUGCUCUCUUGACCUCCUCAGCUCAGCUUUCCAGCUUGUUGGAGGAAAGGCAGCGGGGGACAUCUUUCAGGACAACUCGGUGCUGUCCAAUCCUCUGGCUGGUCUGGUCAUCGGUGUCCUGGUCACCCUGCUGGUCCAGAGCUCAUCCACUUCCUCAUCCAUAGUGGUCAGCAUGGUCUCUUCUGGACUGUUAUCCGUCCAGCUGGCCGUUCCUAUCAUCAUGGGCACCAACAUCGGCACUUCUGUCACCAACACACUCGUCGCCAUGACGCAGGCUGGUGACCGCAGCACCUUUCGCAGGGCCUUUGCAGGGGCCACAGUUCACGACUUCUUCAACUGGCUCUCCGUGCUGGUGCUGCUGCCUCUUGAGGUCGCCAGCGGAUAUUUGUACAAGAUCACGAAGCUCAUCAUCGACUCCUUCCAAAUUGAGAGUGGAGAGGCCCCGGAGCUGUUAAAUGUGAUCACUGAUGUCCUCACUGAGUCAAUUAUACAG